ACCGCCUUUCACGAUGGGUUACUUGAUCAUCACACCUAGUCUACUCUACAUCAUUGGAUCAAUUUUGGCAUCAGUUGAUUGCCAACUGAGGGUGAAAGUCAUUCGGCCCGAGUCCGUGGUGGCGGAAACGAGAUUCAACUGGAGUAGUAUUCAGCAAAACAAUUCUUUUCCGACUGAGAUUUUACGUAUCUACCAAUAUGCCCAACUGCCUUUACAACAAAACGCACGUCAGCCCGUCUGUGACCAGCGGUGUGGUGUACCAUACGAUCGGGCAGCUCCUCUACGUGUUAUAGGAGGAACAUCCACUAAGCCAAACCAAUUUCCCUGGAUGGUUCAGCUGCUGAUCGUCUUUGCGGAUUUUUUCCAACAAAAACAGGCUACGUGCGCUGCGACUUUAAUCAAACAACAGUACUUGCUAACAGCCGCACACUGCAUUUACUACAGGAAAAUCAUAUCGAUUACGGCGUUUUUGGGCUUCCACUACAUGGACAUUGAACGUUUCGAUAAAACUGGUUACGAAGAGAUAAUUCCCGUAAAGCAAGCCUUCGUCCACGACGAUUUUGACCUUACUUUAAUGAGAAAUGACAUCGCCAUCUUAGAACUGGUGAAACCUGUUCGUUUUACUGAUCAGGUGCACACUAUUUGUCUGGCUGAAAGCGAGCCAGCAUCGACUGUCACUGAUGCCACUGUGGCCGGAUGGGGAACUACUGAAGCCUUUGGCACGCAAUUUGUUCCGCAGAUGCUCUUGUCAGGUACGGUACCCCUAGUGAAGUUGCCUCAAUGUAAACAAGCUUUAUUGGGAAUGGGCAAAAUGUUAACCGAACAAUCUGUUUGUGCUGGAGGAACAAAGACGGAUGCCUGCACGGGGGACAGCGGUGGGCCUUUGAUGGUGACAGAAAAUUCUCUCAAUUCACGCACAACCAGAUACAAUCAGAUCGGGAUAGUGUCGUGGGGUGUGGGAUGUGCUCAGCCAAACAUGCCAGGAAUUUAUUCUAGUACAUGGCAUUACUUACCUUGGAUUCAACAAGUAACGAGGAAAGAAGUUUGCAGACCUGUCUCUCCAAAUCCCUCGAAUUAACAAUACAGAAACAAUGAUGUAGUGUAAACGUUACACAUAUCACUUUCAAAUGAUCACAUUUUCUUUUUAAUUGAUGCAUUUAUGAACUUG